AUGCCUCUAGGCCUCGCUCCGAUGGAUCCAUACGUAGGAGGUAGAAGAGUUCGCGCUCCAUCUCAAACCAAGGAACGUCGGAAAUGUCUGUGUAGACAGAGGGAGCCAUACUCUAUGGAAAAGCGGCCAUCGUUUGGCUUGUGGUUGAGAAUCUAUCACCUCCCCCCUGCUGGCAAACGAAUGUUCCCCCUUACGGUCAUAGAUGCGCGCGACGGCGAAGAUACCGAUGCGGUUCUUGCGAUCUUAGUCCCUGUUUUUUCCAUCCUGUUAGCCCAGAUUCGCAUUCGGAGUUUCUGGGAUCUCAACAAUGCUCUGAUUGGCUUCAUCUACGCCCUAGAGACCUCGGCUGCAUUUCAAGUCAUGAUAAAGUGGCUAAUCGGUGGCUUGAGGCCAAGCUUCUACGACAUUUGCCAACCCGACCCUACCUUAGUCAAUAAUCCGGAUUUCAACGGCACAGGCCCGAAUGGUGCUGGGUACAGGCAAUACAUGUUUACAGCGGAAAUAUGCACGGUUGAGCAAGGUUGGGAUCUAUGGAACGCCAUGCAGAGCUUUCCAAGCGGCCAUUCGACGACUACAUCCGCUGCAGCCGUAUACCUGUCUCUCUACCUCAACGCCAAGCUCAAAGUAUUCGCAAAUUACCACCCCUCAAUGUGGAAGCUCAUUCUGUUCUAUUGCCCAAUCCUGGGGGCGACGCUCGUCUGUGGCUGUCUGACGAUCGACGAGUCCCAUAAUUGGUACGAUAUACUUGCAGGUAUUACCAUCGGCACAACAUUUGCAUUCUCAGCCUAUCGUAUGGUAUAUGCUAGCGUUUGGGAUUGGCGUAUCAACCAUAUUCCCCUGAAUCGAGGAUCCGAAUUUAUCUGGAGCGACGGGUGUGAGGGUUCAGACUUGGUGUUUACAAACCGAGCAGGCUGGAGAAAGGGGCGUGUGGACAGUGAAAAGGGGGUGUUAUCGAGUCCGGGAAUAAGAAAUGAGAAUUUAGAGGGCGAUUCUGCAGGAGACCCUAACGGGAACACUAGUGGGAGUCAUGCAGGCAGCCACAGUUCAAGGCCGCCUCAGUAUCCUAUCCGACGUUCGAGAGAUAGGGAUAGGGGUGCGGAUAUGGUAUAG